GCGAGUGCCGUUAUAUAAUCGCUACUGAAGCCUCACUCUGUAUUUGUCUCUUUCUGGUUUUGCUAUGGGACCUGAGCUGCAGGGCGCUGGGGGCAAGUGUAGCGCGGAGCUUUCUGCGUUGGAAGCAUGCAAGCAGCGAGCGGCUGAGCGAAUCCAAGAGGAGGCUGAGAGUCUGUGCGAGCUGAGCCGGGACAUCUGGAGCCGGCCGGAGCUGGCCUACCAGGAGCAGCAGGCACACGAAACUCUCACCCGCUUCUUCUCCUCUAGGGCUGGGUGGCUGCUGGAACCCCACUACAAGCUUGACACGGCGUUCCGAGCGGAAUGGAGUACCCCCCUUACUGACAACCUGUCCCAGCCGCUACAUGUGGGCUUCCUGUGUGAAUACGAUGCUCUGCCCAGUCUGGGCCAUGCCUGUGGGCACAACCUGAUAGCUGAGGUUGGAGCUGCAGCCGCUCUCGGACUUCAAGGGGCCCUGCAGUGCUCGCAGCCCCCCAGACCUGUCAAGAUAACUGUUUUAGGAACUCCUGCAGAGGAAGAUGGAGGUGGCAAAAUUGAUCUGAUUGAGGCUGGUGCCUUUGUAGACAUGCAUGUUGUCUUUAUGGCCCAUCCAGCACAGGAGGAUGCAGCAUACUUGCCAGAUGUUGCUGAACAUGAUGUGACAGUGAAAUAUUAUGGAAAAGCUUCUCAUGCAGCUGCAUAUCCAUGGGAAGGAGUAAAUGCUCUUGAUGCUGCAAUUCUUGCCUACAACAAUCUGUCUGUCUUAAGACAGCAAAUGAAACCUACAUGGAGAGCUCAUGGUAUAAUCAAAAAUGGAGGCGUUAAGCCUAACAUCAUUCCUUCCUACUCAGAAUUAGAAUUUUAUCUGCGUGCACCAUCACUCAAAGAACUUACUAAACUACAAGAAAAAGCAGAUGCUUGUUUUAAAGCAGCAGCGGCAGCAACUGGAUGUCGGGUGGAGCUUAGCAGCAGUGGCCAUGACUACUAUAAUGUUCUACAAAACAAGACCUUAGCAAAAACCUAUGUGGAGAACGGCAAAAAAUUGGGAAUGCAGUUUGCAGCAGAUAAUUUGGCUUUAAAUAGCCUUUCAGGUUCCACAGAUUUUGGCAAUGUUAGUUUUGUGGUUCCUGGGAUCCAUCCUUAUUUUUAUAUUGGAUCAGAUGCCCUAAAUCACACAGAGGAGUACACAGAAGCUGCAGGAUCAAAAGAAGCUCAAUUUUAUGCACUUCGCACAGCUAAAGCAUUGGCAAUGACUGCAUUAGAUGUUCUCUUUAAUCCAGAUUUGCUGGCAAAUGUCUGUGAAGAUUUUAAAUUGAUAAAACUAAUUGAAGAAGGCAACAUGCACGUAACAGAGAAAUCCAGAGAGUCAAGUGGUGGGGCGGGCUGCGCCUCCCGCUGAGAGACCAUCAGAGAACAGACUGAAGGAGAAACGUGUUUGAUUUUGUCUUAUAUGUCUGUUUUGAUGGAAAAUCAUACACAAAUGUAUAGUGUAUGUAUAUGAAUGUGUUGGUCUUUGCUUUUACUACUGAUUUCUCUUCUAAAAACAUGUAAAAUAUUUCUUUGGUGAAUGUGACUCUAUAAAGGUCCUUCUAAUCCUUUGUAUGAUUUCCUUGAACAGAUUGAAGCUAAUGAUUAAUUAUUAUAAACAGGGUUAUUAGCUGAGGAUGGUAAUGGAUCGCUGGGGGUACAAUCCAGCUGCUAAAGUUGAUUUGCUUUUAUUGGUAUUUCAUGGCCCUGUAGUGUAAAUAACUUUAUUCCUAUUGGCAGUGCUGAAUACCAGCAAAUGGAGUUUUAUGCUACAGUUAUCCAAUAAAAUGCAACAACCUCUUCUAGCAGGUCUUUAGCAUUGCUGGCUCCCAUGCCUUAUAUUCCAUUAGUCUCACUAAUUCCGCAUGCUUUGCAGACAUAUUAUAUACAUAUUUGCAGUAUGCACUGUUUACUUUAUACUCGGUCAGUAACUGACCUUCUGCUAUCCUCAGUUAGGGAGUUAGGGCGUCACAACCCUUACCUAUGCUAGGUGCAAUAUCCAGUAGGUCAGAAGUGCUUUUGCCCUUAAACUCCUUCUUUAAUUUGCAUGCAGUUCAUGUAAAUGGAUUUAACUGUAAAUAAUCAUAAUAAUAUGUUCAAUAUUUUGGGUGAGCAGAUGUGGUUUUAUACAGGUAUGGGUACAAAGGUAAAUAUACCCUUCCUAUAUAUAUAUAAAUCACUGUUUCAGUGUCAUCUUGGGCUCACCUUUUCAUCUGCAAUUCAUUUUUAUGCAUAUUUGUAAUUAAUUUGCUGCUUGACUCUUGUCUAUUUACAAUUAAAUAAAAAAUAACACUUCAGCAUUAA